AUGUCAGGUUCUGGCAUAACGGGGAGCGGCUCUUCGCCGGCCCCAGAUCCCUCCAUAGCUGAGUCCAUCCAGCGAGCCCAGGCCAUCGCUGCCUCUCUCGCCCGCUCUAAGGGUGGCCUCUCAACACCUACAGUGCCAGCAGCGCCAGUGGGGCCCCACUCCUCCACCUCAAGCUCGGGUUUUUCUCACAGACCCCCCUCAGCCUCUACCUCUAGGGGUAGCCACAUCUCCCCAAGGGGGGCUUCCAACUUUGACUACGGGCCCCCCCACGAGUCAGGCUUCUCACAAGGGCCUCCACCUGGAAACAGAGGCGGCCUUCACCAUGUGUCACCGAGAGGAGCCUCCUCCUAUGAGCAAGGGGGUGCCCACGGGCCAGCAGACAAACAAGCACCCCACAUCCUUCCGGUACCAGGGAGGAGCGAAGGCUGGAAUUCAGUUGACGCUGCAGCAGCCAUUGCUGUACAGCAGAAACAGUUAAUGCAACAACGAGCACGCAAGGCGGCGGUUCGCGCAAUGGCCACCGUCUGCGCGGCUAUACCUAAACCGGACUUGAGAGACCCGGAUCUUUUGGGUGCAGAUAUCAAAAAGACAGCAAGACAGCUAGAAAAUGGAGUGUGGGUCUUGGACCUCCCGUUGCAGUCUGGGAUAUGUGGGGUAACUGCAGCAAGCGCAGAUGCGUGGCAGCAGCUCCAGCACGUAGAAGUUAUCGCAUCGUUAAGGCGCCGCACAGGGGCGGGCUUCGUCCUUCGCGGAUCUGUGCUGCAGCAGCAACCGCAGCAACCGCAGCAAACGCCUCUAGGGGUAUAUGUUCGAGUUGUGGGGGAAGAUCAGGAGACCGUGUACAGAGGAGCUGUGGCUGCCUGGAGCUCGUUGGGCCCCCCUCAAUACCUCCCAGCCCCCGCAGACGCGGCAGAUGACGAGACGUUCGACUGUGCGACUGCCAUGGCAGGCGAAGAUGGGUUGACGUAUUGGCAAGGAGCCGAUGUCCUCCUCUGGUUGUCGAGGGCCUCCUUGCAGGUCUCCAAGGAUAUGCUGGAGGACGAAUUUCUUAAGGACGUUUGCCUGCGCACGGGGGCCCUGAUAGACAUCGAGGCGGACCAGCCGCAAGGAUACUCGCAUGGCGGGGGGGAGAGGACGGGAUUGCGCUAUGCUGCCAGAGCCUGCACCCAAGGAGCUGCCGAGAAAGCUCUGCGGCUGCUCCGGUGGAGGCUCGUCUGCAUUGAGGAGGCCUGGAGACAGCACAACGCCCAUGGGUUCACACGAGACACAUCCCCCACAGGUCACCGAGGAGGAUGGCGAGAGUCUCCGUACGGGUUAGUCUCUGCCGCGUGCCCUUCUCCCGGCCAAGACAUCAGGGGAGCGGCAGCCGCCUCCUUCUGGCAGUCUGCAAUGCCGGACGAGGCGGAGAUGAUGCGGAGACGCAAAGAGGCAGAAGAGAGACGCAAGAAGAGAGGGCAGAGAUCACGAUCGGCUUCUCCAGAGCGGCGGGGCCCCAAUCGCCUCUCCUUCGCGCCUCCGCCUGAUGAGCUUCUCACGGGGCCGUAUGCGCCUCUGGAUAAGUAG